AGCCGAAUGGGCCCCGGAUUCAAACUGUGGCGCAAUCACGAGGUUCGGGUCGAUUGGGCCGAUCCCGAGCCUCAGGUCGACGACGAAAUCAUGAAACAAGUUAGAGUACUUCACGUUAGAAAUCUUCACACCAAUGUCGAGGAAUCGGAUCUGAAAAAUAUCUUCAGCUUCGAUGGCCUUCACGUCGAAAGAGUGAAAAAAAUUCGUGACUUUGCGUUCAUUCACUUCGAGACGAGACCUGACGCCGAAAAAGCGUACAAUUUGUCCACAGGUGCGGAGUUCCGGAAGAAUAACCCGACUCUGAAGAUGAUUCAGGUCUCGUAUUCGCGACCGCAGAAGAGCCGUCCGACGCGAUCGAAAUCAUUCCUAUCUGAAUGCGAAUCGUUUCAAACGGAUUCAUGUUUGAGUGAUUUGACGCCCAACUCAUCCCCAUAUCAGGGAUCGCAGUUCGCGUCGAAUGGAUUCUUGCAACAACUCAAACACUACCAGACUUUAAAUCAAAACGGCUAUCAGAACUGUUUGCCAUUUGCCGCCAACUCUUAUGGCUCGCCACCAAUGGUUCCCAUUAAGUAUGAUUUGGGAAUUGGGGACAAGAAUGACACUAAUUCUUACGUUAUUUUGUUUCCAAUCCCAUAUUGGAUCCCCAAAACCCCAAAUAAUAAUAAACAAGCCAUUGAUAAUUCCUUCCUCUAUAACUAUAACAAUGCUCUUAUGUUCUAAGAUAUCUUUGUCUUGACUUGAGUC